AUGAGGUGUGUGGAUACCUAUGAAAUAGAACGGAAGCCUCUGACCGGGGGAGAGUUUCACAGGCUGAAUGUAGAACCAGUUCUGAACCCAUGCUGGACCCGGAGAGUGCAAACCGCGGAGAUGUGGUGCCUGGUUUGCACAGUCGGCAUCAUUGCCGCAGUCCUCUUCACCUAUUCCCUAUUCAGGCACAAACUAUUCGCCUUGUUUAUGCAGCAUGUCACCUCCCAACCAGACGAGAAAGCCUCGGGUCUCAAGGAAUCCUUCUUCCAGUCGUUGAAGGACGUCGUUUCCUCGGACCCAGAAUUAAAAAAAGCCGGUCACUUCCGCCUUCUCGAGGUCGGGGUUGGGACAGGGACUAACUUCAAGUUCUAUCCCUCGAACGCCAAGCUUAGCGUGAUCGAGCCCAACAGCAACUUCAAAGACUACUUUUUCAAGAACAAGAAGAAGUUCCCGGACAUCGAACUAGAGAAUUUCUUCGAAGGAUGGGGCGAAGACAUGAAGCAAGUUUCGAGUGGGAGCAUGGAUGUCGUGGUGUGCACUCAUGUCAUGUGUAGCGUCCCGUUCAAAAACACAGGUCGAUUCUUGUCUGAAGUCAAAAGAGUCCUUGCUCCCAACGGGAGAUUCUAUUUUUUCGAGCACGUGGGAGACAAAAAAGGCACGAGGUUGAGAUUGAUCCAGAAUAUUCUUCAGGCGACACUCCUUUUCGGAUUCCUAACUUGUGGCUGCAUUCCCAACAAGAGCACCGAGGAGGAUGUGAAAAAAGCUGGUUUUUCCUCUGUUGAUGUGACAAGGUUUUACCUGGAAACGGAUGCUGCCCCAACAAGUUUGAAAGGCUGCAUUCUGCGCAUUGUCGCUUCCCAUAUUAAUGGUGUCGCAGUCAAGUGAAUGACAGGAUUCCCGGAUGCCUUUGGCAGUUUAGCAUUUCUACCAGCCACACAUGUUGCUUCAUACGGAUUUAAAUAAACUACUCCCUCUGGCGCCUCCUAUGAAUAUUACAAGUGUAAAAGCCCAUGCACGCAUGUUGUGAAUAUGUAGAAAGAAAGCACUUCAUGCACGCCGUUCUUUUUUCAUUGGCUGACUCCGCAGUGGAUCACGCCGCAC